UGGUGAAAUACGUUUCAGAGCUAAUGAAAUUAGUUGCAAGAAGGAUAAAUAGCCAGCGCUAAGUGUAAUGACAUACUAGGCGGGAAACCGCAAAACGCCAAAAGUAGCGGGAAUGAAAACCGCUUUCUGGUCUGAUGACAUACUGUCGCCCGCGCGGCGGCGCGGCGGUGGAUGGCGGCGCGACAAGGGGGAGAGGCCUGAAUGGCCACAUUCUACUUUUGUCAUCAGUUGUAGCUUAGCUUUGAAGUAUGGAGCUCGCACAUUUUGUUAACGUAGCAACUGUUUGUGCUGCUGAAGCUGAAGGCCUGUUGGAGAAACCACGAAGUCGCAGAUAUGCAGUGCACCCGUAUAACAAUGAACGUUCAAGGAAGUGCCCCAAAUUUUUGGAAGACAUCAGAAAGCAUCCCGAUAAAUUUUUUGAGUACUAUCGCAUGUCAAUUGCGUCAUUCGAUGAACUACUUGGAGCUCUACGUCCACUUAUUACGAAACAGGAGACUUCUUUCAAAAAGCCAAUUAGCGCAAAAGAAAGGUUGACUGUCACACUCAGAUACUUGGCCACGGGAAAUACCUUCACAGCUCUACAAUAUGAAUUCCACAUUGGAAGAAGUACGAUUGCCGAUAUAGUGUCUGAAACUUGCCAAGCAAUCUGGCUUGCUUUGAAAGAUACAGAAAUGCCUGAGCCAACGAAAGAGGAAUGGUACCAGAUCGCCGACACUUUUCAAGAGAAAACAGAUUUUCCAAAUUGCUUAGGUGCGGUGGAUGGGAAACACAUUCGUUGUGUUAAGCCACGGAGCUCUGGAUCUAAAUUUUUCAACUACAAGAAGUAUUUUUCGGUGGUUCUAAUGGCAGUAGCUAAUGCCAACCUUCGCUUUAUUUCAAUUGAUGUAGGAGCUUAUGGUGAAGAAGGUGAUUCGACUGUAUUCCGUGACAGCACUUUUGGUACGAAACUGUAUUCUGGCCAACUAAAUAUUCCUGCACCUAAGUGUCUACCCGGAACAGAUUCCACUCCUCAGCCUUUUGUAUUUCCUGGAGACGAAGCGUUUAAAAUACAUACAAAUCUCAUGAGACCCUUUCCUGCACGUGACAUUGAUGGUCGUCGAAGAAUUUUCAAUUACCGACUUUCUAGAGCCAGACGUUCAGUCGAAUGUGCAUUUGGUUUAUUAGCCAAUAAAUGGCGAAUUUUUCACACACCAAUUUUGGUACGACCAGAGCUCAUUGAUGAUAUCGUAAAAGCCUGUUGCAUCCUACAUAAUUUCGUUCGGCAAAGAGAUGGUGCCAAUUAUGAAGAAGGUGAAAUCUCUCCAUUUCCUGACGUAAUAAAUACUGGUGCAGCGCCCCGCGACCAAGGAACACAAGUUCGCGAUUUUUUCGCAGAUUAUUUUGUUGGGAUUGGUGCCGUCCCGUUUCAAGAGGAGUAUAAUUAUUGA